CACCCUCUCAACCUCUGCAAUUGAUUAGAUUCCUUCGAUCAGGAGAUUUCCCUGCUUCCGUCCGCGGGGUAAUAUCUGGGGAACCCCGGAUGCUCACUCAUUACAGCCUGCAUAAUUGGUUAUUCCUGCUCGGCAGAUUCGCUCCCGAUGCUGGCGCCGGUUUCUCAAUACUGGGUCUGGGGGCGAGAGUGGGCUGAGUAUGGAGCAUGAGUCAAAGUUUUACGUAUAAAGACCUGUUCGGCUGCUGUCCUUUUUUAUUUUGCGGAUCCCUGCUUCAAGCAAAACAUCAUCAUGAAUAGUUAUAACAUCAAUUCGACUGCGGAGGAGGGUAAUGACUUGACUCUUACUCCUUCGCAGUUGAAUAAGCUGGAUAAUGAAGCUUCGUUGCAUCACGAUGCUGUUUUUGGUGAGAUUUCGGAUGAGGGUCCCGAUUACAGAAGUGUCGGACUCAUCGGUACCGCUGGGCUUAUGAUGAAGACACAAAUCGGUCUCGGCGUUCUCUCGAUUCCAGCGACAUUCAACGCGCUUGGCAUGAUACCCGGUAUCAUCUGCCUGCUAGCUGUUGCGAUCAUAACGACCUGGUCCAAUUGGAUCGUUGGUCUCUUCAAGCUACGACAUCGCCAUGUUUACGCGAUCGAUGAUGCGGGUGAAAUGAUGUUUGGAGUCGUAGGCAAGGAGUUCUUUGGGUUUGCUAUGUGGAUUUACUGGGUCUUUGUAUCCGGUGCUGGCAUGCUCAGUCUUUCCAUUGGCCUCAACGCUGUGUCUAGCCAUGGAGCCUGUACCGCUGUCUUCGUCGCCGUCGCUGCAGUCUUGGGCUUCGGACUUUCGAGCAUCAGAACCUUGUCUCGCAUGAGCUGGCUAGCAUGGAUCGGCGUCAUUAGCAUCAUGAUCUCCGUGAUCAUGGUCACUAUCGCUACAGGUGUCCAAGAGCGACCAGCAGCUGCCCCCCAAGAAGGCGUCUGGGUCUCAGACUACAAGCUUUUCAACAAACCAUCCUUCGUCCAGGCAGCUUCAGCAAUCUGCUCACUCAUCUCAGCUUACGGCGGCACUCCAGGCUUUUUCGCCAUUGUUGCUGAGAUGCGACGACCCGAACAAUACACCAGAGCUUUGACCAUUUGUCAGGCCAUCGUGACCGUUACUUAUCUUACGAUCGGUUGUCUGAUGUACUACUUCUGUGGAUCUUAUGUAUCCUCGCCUGCUCUUGGCUCGGCUGGUAAUACCAUCAAGAAGGCCAGUUAUGGUGUCGCAAUUCCAGGAUUGAUCGUCUCGAUUACUCUUGUCACUCAUCUUCCCAGCAAGUACAUGUUUGUACGACUGUUGCGAAACACGAAGCACCUGGCUUCCAACUCCGCGGUCCAUUGGAGCACUUGGCUAGGUUGCACAUUCAUCGUGUCAAUCAUUGCCUACAUCAUCGCGAGUGCCAUUCCCAUCUUUUACAGCCUUAUCUCCUUGAUUGGAGCGCUCGUCGGUACUCUCAUGUGUUUCCAGACAAUGGGCUUCAUGUGGUUUUACGACAAUUGGGAGAAACGCGCUAUUUCGCCCAAGUGGCUAUCAGCCUGUGGAUGGAGUUUGUUCGUUAUUGCUUCCGGCACCCUGCUGAUGGUCGCUGGUACAUAUGGAUCAAUUGUCGAUAUCAUCCAGGCUUACAAAGCUGCUGGAGGGUCAGGCGCCUGGUCGUGUGCUGACAAUUCCAACUCUUCUUAGAAAGGGCGUUGUUUAUGAUAGUGACGCAAGAGGGAGUUGGAAUUGAACAGCUGUUCCAAUAGGAUGACUCUUUAGAAUAUAUUAACCGUACUUAUUUGUA